CACAGUCAUUUACCACUCUGACACACUACAUAUUCAUUCAUUUAUAUAAAGAUCAUGUAAGAGCUACGUAUAUUUAGUACUUCACUUUUUGAGUUCAAGCAUUGAAUUUGUGUGGUAUAAUUAUAACUAGGUCAUGGAGAGGAAAACACUCAGGGUUUUGUUCAUGCUCUUCCUCCUCUUAGCCACUGAUGUAGAUGUUGCGGUUAAGACAGCAGAAGGUAAAUUGUGCCCGUUCCCGAGCAAGAAGUUCAAGGGUGACUGCUUAAACGACAAACCCUGUGUAAAUACUUGCACGACCGAAGGUUUCAGCACGGGCUCUUGUAACCCCAAAUGCCUCUGCGAUUGCUUUUUGUAUUGUUGAAAACCAUGCACCUUCUAAUGAAUAAACCAUGAAUUACUCAUGAUAUUAUCCACAAACAUAUGAUAUGUAUCAAGUAUGAUAUAUUAGGUGUUCAAAUUUAUAUUUUUAUUUAAGUGUGAUAAAUCAAGUUUUAUUAUUUUUUAA